CAUCGGGAAGCUCCUUUCCAUAAGGCUCUUCCAUAUUCCCCACCAUGGGUGACAUGAAAACUCCAGAUUUUGAUGACCUCCUGGCAGCUUUUGAUAUUCCUGACAUCGACACAAAUGAGGCCAUUCAUUCCAGCCAUGAGGAGGCUGACGCUCACAUCAAGCAGGUCCCUGGGGAGCCGGGAGCCCCUGACCACGUUCUUCCCCACGCGGACAUCACUGCUGUCAGUGUGAUUGUGAAGAACACAGUCUGCCCUGAGCAGCUUGAUGCCCUGGAUGGGCGCAGUAAAGAUGGGCAUGUCAUUGGGCCCCGCUUGCUGCAGAAUGGCUUUGGGGCCACCGAGAUGCCCAGGUCCCCCACCUCCAGGUCUGUGGAAGCUGUGGCGUCCUCCAAUGGGGAGUGUUGGGUGAAAGAAAAAGGCCCCAAACCCCUGGAUAUCUUCUCCCAUUUUAGCCCAGAUCCCAAUGAAGACAACACUGCCAACCUGAUUGACAGACCGCGGGAGUGUAAGCCAAAAGACAAAUCCCUCUCGGUGCCCUCCCUCUCCCCAUCUCCCACCCCAUCGCUGGACUGCAAAGAGCCCAUGGGAGACAACACAGAGAGCAUGCCCCCAGCUUUCCCACAGCCCUUCGAAACCAGCCAGCCAGGGGAUACAAACAACUCCCCUCCUACUGUUCCCUGCAUCAAGAAAGAGGAGUCUGACUCGGAAGAGGUGGGCCGUGAAGCCAGCCCAAAGGGUCUAGCUGCAGCCUUGGGCAGCAGUCCCUUGGAGCACCUGAAAUCGGUCACCGUACGUUACUCUGCGGAUGAUUCUCCCAUCGCAUCCUGGCCUGACCCAAACCUUGACAGCAGCACCAGCAACCUUCCUGAAGUGAAACACUCGCCCACCAGCCCCCGGGAGCCGUUCUUCAAGCCUUCCUCCCCAGGCAUGCAAAGCCCCAGGCUCCCCACUUCUCCGAAGCAGCUGGACAACAUCCCCCUCAAAGAAGAGCAAGAAGCUCUGGAGAAGUCAAUGGGAAGUCCACAGAGUUUGUCCAGUGCUGAGGAAGAAGAGGAGGAGGAGGAAGAUGACAAUAAUGAUUCCCCUUCUUCCAAUUCCUCCCGGCCCCUGAAAGUGCGGAUUAAAACCAUCAAGACAUCUUGUGGCAGCAUCACCAGGACGGUGACCAGGGUCUCCUCAGAUUCAGAGCCAGGUUCCACCAAGGGGCCUGCUGAGCAGAGCUCUCAAGAGACCUCCCUUGAGGGUGUUGGCUAUCCAGCUGCAGCAGAGAAAGAAGAUGGAAUUGGGCUGGAUGUGCCCAAAGAGAAGUUGGAGCUCUCCAGUCCCCUGAAAACCGUCGAGGGGCCAAAAAUUGUCAGUGUUCAGCUUGGCAAUGGCACAAAGAUCAAAGGCACUGUCCUGCCAGUCUCCACCAUCCAGAAUGCUAGCAGCGCCAUGCUGAUCGCUGCCAGUGUGGCUCAGCAAAAAUCUGUGGUACUGCCGGCCAAGACGGGCAAAGCUGUGGCCAAGAACAUCAUCAAUCUGGUGCCGCAGACCCUUCCCAAAGCUGACACCAGGACCAACAUCAGCACAGUGACACAGACCACCACCAUCACCACCACAGCAAACCAAAAAGUCAAUGGCACCACUGUGGUGAUGGUGCAGCCACAGAAGCCUUCCCCAACCAUUGCGGGCACAGUCAUUUCCAGGAGCCAGUCCAGCCUCGUGGAAGCCUUCAACAAGAUUCUCAACAGUAAAAACCUCUUGCCAACAUACAAACCCAACCUGAAUCCUCCGGCCGAUGCGAGCCUCACCCUGCCUCCGUUUGGUUACCGCUGCCUGGAGUGUGGGGACUCCUUUGCCCUGGAGAAGAGCUUGGCUCGCCACUAUGACCGGCGAAGCAUGCGCAUUGAGGUAACCUGCAACCACUGCACCAAGCGCCUCGUCUUCUUCAACAAGUGUAGUUUGCUCCUGCACGCCCGGGAGCACAAGGACAAAGGCCUGGUGAUGCAGUGCUCCCAUCUGGUCAUGAGGCCUAUUGCUUUGGAUCAAAUGAUCGGACAGCCAGACAUCACCCCCCUGGUCUCAGUGACCUCCUUCCCUGCUAGCAAGGUGGCCAGUGUGACUCAGGACACCUUAGCCACAGCCAACGGGGCUCAGGACCUCCCUAUCCUACCUCUGAGCAGCAGCUCGGAGCAAACCAACUAUAGCUGCUUCCGGUGCCUGGAGUGCAAAGAGCAGUGCAAAGACAAAGCCGGGCUGGCUGCACAUUUCCAGCAGGCAGUGACCACAGGAACAACUAGCAGCACGGUUUGUACAACGUGUCCCAUGAUCAUGUCCAACCGCUGCAGCUUCAACGCCCAUCAGCGGAUGCACAAGAACCGGCCUCCCCACGUCUGCCCCGAGUGCGGUGGGAACUUCCUGCUAGCAAACUUUGAGACCCACCUGAAGGAGGCUUGCCUGCACUUCUCCCGGCGAGUGGGCUACAGGUGUCCCAGCUGCGCUGUGGUGUUCGGCGGGGUGAACUCCAUCAAGUCCCACAUCCAGACCUCCCACUGCGAGGUGUUUCACAAGUGCCCCAUCUGCCCCAUGGCAUUCAAGUCAGCUCCCAGUGCCCACGCGCACGUCUACACGCAGCACCCCGGCUUCAGCAACCAGCAGUCCAAGAUGAUUUACAAGUGUGCCAUGUGUGACACGGUGUUCACCCACAAGCCCCUGCUCUCCUCCCACUUUGACCAGCAUCUGCUCAACCAGCGGGUCAGCGUCUUCAAGUGCCCAGACUGCCCGCUGCUCUUUGCCCAGAAACGUACCAUGUUGGAGCACCUCAAGAACACUCAUCAGCCCCAGAAGCCGAAGGAAGACCUGGUGAAGAAAGCGGCCGUCCUGCUCACUCCAAAGCAGGAGCCUGUCGAAACCCCUGUGUCCAAGAUUUCGGAGGAGUCAUCGUCCUCCACAGAGGAGGAUGAACCCCCCAGCUCCCCGGAGCUGCGCAAGACGAAGCGAAGCCGCUUCCAGCGCAAGACGGACACUGUCAGCAAGUCAAAGGGCAGCGGGUGGACAUGUGGCGUUUGCCACUCCUGGUUCCCGGAGCGUGAUGAAUACGUCUCCCACAUGAAGAAGGAUCACGGCAAGUCAGUGAAGAAGUUCCCAUGCCGCCUGUGCGAGCGUUCGUUCUGCUCUGCUCCCAGUCUCCGGAGACACGUGCGAGUGAAUCAUGAAGGGAUCAAGCGCGUCUAUCCCUGCCGGUACUGCACAGAAGGCAAACGGACCUUCAGCAGCCGGCUCAUCCUGGAGAAACACAUCCAGGUGCGACAUGGGAUCAAAGUGACCGACCAGACAAAGAGCCAGGAGGUUGUUAUUGCCCGGAUAGGGACCGGCACCACGCAGGUGUCCAGCCGGAAGCGGAAGCUGUCCUCCGAUGAGGGUGACUCGUGCAGCGAAGAGCCUGACAGCACCACCCCUCCCUCCAAAAACCCCAAGGGUGACCGCAAGGCCCCGUUUCGGUGCCGGAAAUGUGGCUACCUUGCCAGCAGCUCGGCCGAUUUCCAAGAACACAUCCCCCAACACCGGACUGAUGAGAGUUCCCACCAGUGCCGUGAGUGCGGGCUCUGCUUCACCUCCCAGGUCUCCCUUAACCGCCACCGCUUCAUCACCCACAAGAAGAAGAAGGGAGCAGGUGAGAUGGAGGAGCCGGGCCCCCGGAGCCCCCUUGAGGGAGGUGCCCAGCACACAGCUGACGGCAAACUCUCCUGCAAGGUGUGUGGCCGGUGCUUUGACAGUCAGCUCAACCUCAAAACGCACUUCCGCACCCAUGGCAUGGCCUUCAUCCGUGCCAGGCAGAAUGCAAGCCCCGAGAACUAGGGCCCUGGCAGAGAAUGAGACGUGUAUAUAAUCAGCACAGAGCUCUCUGCGAUGAAGGCUGCUGGCACCCAUGUGGGCUCCCGCUUCUUCCUUCCCUCCUCUAGGGCUGCAUUUUGAGAUGGGGUCAGAUAAAGUAGCCAUGAAGAGAGAUGAAAGUCCGGCUUACACCAUCCAGUUGAUUCCAUGUGCCAGGCUCACUGGAUCUGCUUGUCUGACAUCCCCACUAAACUGGUUACUCGGCCCACCCCGUUUUGUGAGCAAGAACAGGGCAAACGUGGGAUUUCAGCUGCCUUAUUGUACAGCAGACAAAGGGCAGAGUCCAGACUUGCUGCCUUGCCCUCGGGGAGACUGUACGUGGAGGCAAACGGUUUAUUCGCUGCUCCGUCAUCAUGCGGAGACUCGGCCUGCCCUGCAGUCGCUCACAUCUGCCAGGAGGGAAGGCGACCUCUUUCACCUGAGGACGAGGAUGGGAGAAUGAAACCUGCAAGCCCUGGGCUGGUGUUUGUAACCGCAAGUCACAGGCUCUUCCAGUCUUGACUUGUUACAUCGCCUGGACCUCAGACCGCUGCUUGGCGGGUCUCUUCCCGAGUCUGCUCUUUCCCCAGGAACAUCUCCCCUGUCCUGGGAAUCGGCCCUGGCCGCAUUUCACUAUGCUGGGAAUCCUGCUGAGGUGGCAGCACUCGUCAGGGUUCACAGCUCCUUUCUGGGAGCUUUCUGGAGCUGGUCAGGGCCUGGGGGCCCAGGGGAGAGACCUCUCCAUCCCAGGACAGAGACUUCUGUGCUGACAAUAGUGUCACAGCAAGAUCCACCACCUUUUUUUUUCUUUCUUUUUCUUUCUUUCUUUCCUUUCCUUCCCUUUUUACUGUUGCUUAUUUUGUAUUUCGCUGGAGCUGCGGGGAGGACUCAAGGUUAGUCCCCAGCUUUGCAGAGAGAUGUGCUGUCCUCCCAGCCCCUCCUCGAUUUGGUCCCAGCUCCCGUUGAUGGCCAGGUGUGCGAGGCUGCUCUCAUCGCCAUUACUUGCACUAACUCAAGACAGCACCAGUAUUGGUAUGGGCAUUGCUUUGCACCCUCAGACAACUGCGCGCCAGGCCCUGACCUUCCCGCAGGGAGGAGUAAGAGGCUGGGUUUGGUCGGCCAUGGGAAAUGGAAG